AUGUUGCUUACGGAUAAGGCACAAAAACUUGAACAAUUUUCCAAAAUUCGUCAUCAUGAUAUAUUAGUAGACCAACUAACUGCACUUUAUUUUAUCGAUAUUGAUUAUCGAUUAUUUAAACAAAAACUUGCAACAAUACAAAAAUCAUAUAAACGUUUAUACAAAGAAAAUUUACAUUCCUCAUCAUCACCACCAUCACCAUUAUUGGCAGAUCAAAUCAUGUUACAUUUAAUAAAUGCGGCACUUGAACAAAUUGAUAAAAAACAUUUAGAAUAUUUUGAAAAACAAUUUAAGAAAUCAAGUGGAGGUAAAAGGUUCGCGAUGUUACUUUCAAAAUUAAGAUUGAGAUCACAAUUAUUAUUUAAAUCAAUGAUUAUUUGGGUAAAAGAAUUAAUAUUUGGAAAAAUAGUGGGAGGAAUUAAAGAAUUUUUUUACAAAAUUGGACAAGCUUUACGUGAACCUCAUUAUCACGAUAAUCGUUAUAGUCAUAAUUCCCGUCGUCAUAAUCAUUUAAAAGAUGAAUUUCCUCAAGAAUUAAAAGAUCAUUAUGAAGAUUAUAAACAUCGAGAAUUAUUAGAACAGCAAGAAGAAUUUGAAAUAAAGAGAACGGAAGUAGAAGAAGGAUAUAAAGAUUUUAUAAGUUCACUUCAAUCGUUAUUACCUCAAUUAUGUAAUGAAAAUAAUAUUGUAAGAAAUAAAUUAAAUUCACAACAAUUAUUCUUAUUAAGAAGUAGGAAAAAUUCAUUUUCACAUAGUAGAGAAAGUUCUUAUAGUUUUGGAAUGACAAGUAUGUCGAGUAUUUCAAAUUCCACUACUCCGACUACAUCUACUCCGACUACUACUACCUUCGCUCCGAUCACCCCGAUCAAUACUAACUUCACGAAUAUUACUCCUUUAACAACUCCUAAUUCAUCCUCUAUUACCAAUAAGAGUACUUCUCAGAUUUAUUCUUCUUCACCGAUUUCUACUACUUUCAAUACUACCAAUAUUAAUGCUGUUACCAUCAAUACUACUAAUCUCUCUAAUAUUUCUUCUUUCAAUUCAAAUACCACUACACCAACAACAACAAGAACUGAUUCUUAUAAUAAUAUAUUUGAUUCUCCAAUUUCUCCCACAUUUGAUACACCCAGAUCAUCAAUUUAUACAACAAAUACUACCACAAAUACCAAUUCAUCAUUUAAAGAAGGAUUUUUAACAUUUACUUCAGUUGACUGGUUUUUAUUGGUAUUAGUAAAAGUGACCGGUCAAUAUAUUGAAGAACAAUUAGAUUUAUUAAAUAUGACAGAAGAAGAAGAAGCUCAAUGGAUAGAAUUUAGAAAGUUAUAUCAAUUAAUGGUGGGAUUAUUUCAUUCGGUGACGGAAAAAUAA